AUGGCUCUUAGACUCUUGACUUCUCGCGUUAUUGCCCGUGCUUCUUAUAUGCCUGUUGUUCGCAAGUCCGCCACUAUGGCUGCCUUCCGUGGUUAUGCCACCAAGAAAUAUACCUCUGAUCAUGAAUGGAUCUCUGUUGACAAUGGUGUUGGUACCUUUGGUAUCACUGACUUUGCUCAAAAGGCUUUGGGCGAUGUUGUCUUUGUUGAAACUCCCGCUGUUGGUGAUGUUGUCGAAAAGGAGGAGCAAGUUGGUGCUAUUGAAUCCGUCAAGGCUGCUAGUGAUAUCUACUCUCCUGUCUCUGGUGAGAUUGUCAAUGUCAACGAAGCUUUGUCUGACGAGCCUUCUUUGAUCAACUCCAGCCCUGAGGAAGAUGGUUGGUUGGCCAAGAUCAAGAUCAGCAAUGAAUCUGAACUUGACGGUUUGAUGGAUGAGAGUGCUUACCAAGCUCACUGUGAUGCUGCUGAAGACCAUUAG